AUGAGAGACAAAAUCCUGGACAUCGUGGCUGACUAUCCCAUGGUGAAAAACAUCAUCGUGCAUACAGGAAGCUGUGAUAUUGUGAAACAACAGUCUGAAGUUCUGAAGCGAGACUUUAUUGAUCUGUUAAACACAGUCAGCUCUGUCAAGGCUGAGGUGUUUAUCAGUGGCCCUCUUCCACCAGUCAGAGGAGGAGAUGAAGGAUUCAGCAGGCUGUUUGCACUGAACAAAUGGCUGUCAACUGCAUGUACUGACCAUUCAGUACCUUUUAUCAACAAUUUCUACCUCUUCAGGGAGCGCAGACAUCUUUUUAAGGCACAUGGAGUUUGCUUGAACAAGUCAGGGGUAAAACUGUUGACCUCUAACCUAUUUUUCUCCCUGCGUCAUCCGUCUGUUCCUACUGCCAAGGACAAGACACAAGAGGAGUCUAAACAAGAGAUAACCACACAGCAUCGCCAUGGAGACCUUACGGGAAGGAUGCCCCCGCCUAGCGACAGCCAUAAGGAGGAGUCUCCAACCUCAUCAUCAGGGACCGCCCCCGAUCUCCCACUUUCCCCACCCUUCUGUGACGAGGAGUCUUUACCUCCCUCCCCAGCACCUACUUCGACCCCCCAAACUCCAUCCAGGUCCCUUUCCUCUCUCACACUCUCUCCAUCCUCCCCCCACCUGGAGUUCACUGACCACAUGAAAGAGCUGGUCAUUGCUGGAACCAAACACACUCCUCGCCCCACUCCUCGACGGCUCCACAACCAUCCUCUGACUCCCCUACCUGAUAAAGCCUGUCAGCAGCCAGCCCCAGCCCAUCAGCAACCAGCUAGUGAAGAAAUAUGGAUGUCAAAGAAUGGAGAAAUUGAAUGGUCUUUUUGCCCAAGAAGUGAGCCACCACGCAUGGCUGCCAAUGUGAUUAGGAUGCAACCAGGGCCAACACGAAUGGCAGUUUCUCAUGUGCAUGACAUCAUGUCUUCUUUUGAGCUUUUCAUUCCAGAUGUCAUCCAGAAAAUUAUUCUGGAUUGCACUAAUUUAGAAGGAAGACGUGUUUUUGGCGAGAGGUGGAAGGAGAUGGACCAAACCCAUUUAUAUGCCUACUUUGGGCUUCUUAUUCUUGCUGGAGUUUUCAGGUCAAAAGGGGAAUCCACAGAAUCCCUGUGGGAUGCGGAAACUGGCAGAGAACUUUUCCGUGCAACAAUGUCUCUGCAAAACUUCCAAAUAAUUUCCAGGACCAUCCGGUUUGAUAACCGAGAAGACAGACCAGCUCGACAGCAGAGAGACAAGCUAGCUGCCAUCAGGACAGUGUGGGACAAGUGGGUGCAACGCCUCCCCCUGUUUUACAACCCUGGGCCUAAUGUCACCAUUGAUGAGCAGCUGAUGCCAUUUAGGGGCCGCUGCCCCUUUAGACAGUACAUACCAUCGAAACCUGCCAAGUAUGGUAUAAAGAUCUGGGCUGCCUGUGAUGCGACUUCCUCAUAUGCUUGGAAUUUACAAGUAUACACUGGGAAAGCUGAUGGAGGACGCCCUGAGAAAAAUCAAGGGAUGAGAGAUGUCCUGGACAUGGCUCAGGGACUCAGUGGACAUAACAUCACAUGCGACAAUUUUUUUACAUCGUACAAGCGGGGACAGGAGCUCCUAAAGAGGAAGCUGACCAUGGUGGGAACGAUGAGAAAAAACAGGUCUGAGCUCCCUCCUCAAUUGCUGCCAACAAAGAACAGGCCUAUCAACUCGUCCAAGUUUGUCUACACGGCUGACAUGUCCCUGGUAUCCUAUGUGCCAAAGAAAACCAAGAAUGUGGUACUCAUGAGUACACUGCACAGGGAUGGAAGAAUCUGUGGCCUGGCGCAUCAGAAACCAAAGAUAAUCAUGGACUACAAUGCCACAAAAGGAGGGGUGGACAACAUGGACAAGCUGGUGUCUGCCUACAGCUGCAAGAGGAGGACCCUACGCUGGCCACUGGUGAUUUUCUUUGACAUACUGGACAUCUCGGCGUACAACGCCUUUGUCAUCUGGAUGGCAUUGAACCCAGAGUGGAACAGAGGGAAGCUCCAGAGGAGACGCCUCUCUCUCGAGGAACUUGGAAAGACACUGGUGAAACCACAAAUCCUGAGAAGACAGCAUGUUCCGAGAACCUCAGCCUCUGCAGCCACCGUGAGGAGGAUUCAGGAGGACAAUGCUGGUGCCCCAUCCACCCAACCUACAGAACCACCAUCUGCAGAGCCUGAGGUAAGUGUGUGA